AUGCCGCUAGUGCCGCAGGACGUAAGAGGAGUGAGUACCCGUGCAAUGGCAGAAGCGCAGCGUGUGAGGGAAGAAAGUGCUGCAGCUCAAACCAGCGAUGCAGAAGCCAAGCCUGUGCAGGUGGAUCUACUGCUACAGCUGCAGCAAAUGAUGGUAGAGCAAGCGCGCCGCCAAGAAGAACAGCUACGGGAGCUGAAAGAAGAUCAAGCUCGUCGCCAAGAGGAGCAUGCACGCUGUCAGGCGGAGCAGCUACGGGAGCUGAAAGAGGAUCAAGCUCGCCGCCAAGAGGAGCAAGCGCGUCGCUUGGAAGACAUGCAUAAGGAUUUCACGAAGGGACUGCAAAAGGCUGUCGAACGGGUACAAGAAGUGGAGGAAGGGUUAGGCAAGUUGGAACAUCGCGUCAAGGCGAUAGAGGAGAGAGUGGAAGAAGAGAUCUCCAAAAUCAAGCAGGAAGUGACAAGCCCAAGCCCUUUGAAGAGCCGAAGCCGUCUUGCAGCCGUUUUUGAAGCCCCAAAUGCGGCUUCAAGUGCAACGAAAGGGCUAAAGAUUCCCCAUUACGACGGAACAACAUCCUGGACCGCGUUCAAGCUACAGUUUGAGACACUUAUGGAGGCUUAUGGUUGGACUCAGAAGGAAGCACAGUCAGCCCUUACCCUGGCCCUCCGUGAUCAAGCGCUCUCAGUGCUGGAAGCUAUCGGCGCAAGUGGGGAUCUCAGCUAUAGUGCCCUCCUCGACGCACUUGAGGCACGGUUUGGAGACAGCCACCUCGAGCACGUGUACAGAGCGCAAUUAAAAGAGCGUACUCAGCGUGCUAAUGAGGGCCUACAGCAAUGGUCCGUGGAAAUCGAGAAACUUGUGCGUCGAGCUUUCCGGUCGACUCCGUCAAUGAUUGAAGGCACGCUUCUCCAAGCGUUCAUUGACGGUAUUCGGGACCCCGAAGUACGAGCCGCUGUUCAUCUGGGCCAUCACAAGAACAUGAAAGAAGCUCUGGCCCAUGCAUUGGAAGUGGAAGCCGUGCGUGGUAACUCCCGUACCUUACGUCUGCGGGAAAUGACGACAACGGAGCAGGUACCUCCACGCCGUCGGAACUUCAUGUGCUAUGGAUGUGGAGAGCGUGGGCACAUACGGAGCGACUGCCCGAAGAAGAUGAACCGCCAGGACGCGGCGGUCUCAACUUCUGACCAGCAGGGAAACUUAAAUCCAGCCAGGGCUGCGGGGUACAAAAUGCGGGCUCAAAUAUUAUUUUGUUUCCUACUCUGGGCGUCCGCGCAAGCCUUAGACAGCGCAGAUAACAAGUUCAUGAAGGAUUAUGCAAUGCUAAAGAUAUACGAAAGCUGCUUCGGCACUCAGCUUUUAAAACAAAUUACCAAAGAACUAAAAGAUGCAUACGCAAAAUGUUCAACAGCGCCACCUAUGAAAGAACCGUUGAACUCACACAUACCACCAUUGUUCCUAAGCAAACUGCCGCCUGGGUUCUCCAUGGACCCGAACUCGCAAACCAUCACAAAACCACUAGAUGGCGCUAUCCACAACAAAGACGACGAUGGAAAUAUUCAAGAUCAAGGACAAGCACCACAAAAACAAACAAUGGGUGGUGUUUUAUCUUUCAGGCCACACGGGGGCCCAUUCCCGCAACCGCAAUCACCAAUUCCACCGUACGUUGUACCGGCACAGUUCCGGCCAUUCAAUGCCAACCCUUACUAUCAGAUGCCCUACAACGCGCCAGUGUUCUACCCUCCAAACUUGCCGUACAACCCCUAUUUUGCACAACCACAACAACAGUACCAGCAACCCUUCUUUCAACAACAACAACCCUUCUUUGGAAAUAGUAGGAUGUCGCGCCAUCUUGGUCUCCGUGCCCGCCUCGGAAUGAGCGCACGCGCACAAGCCAGUCAAAACGUAACCUGUGUGAUGCAAGAACUAGGCUACAUCGACAGCAAUAUGGAGCCCAACUACGAGCAGAUUACACAGAGGAUCAGCAACCUGCCUGUCUCCAGUGAGCUGAAGAACGACAUACAGGAGGGACUGCAGUUCUGUCAGAAGUUCUCGCAAUGUGUACCUGAAGAUAAGCGUGACAUCGUACCGCGUCCUCAGGAGCAGAUCAGGGCCAUCUUCUUCUUCCGUUGCUACAAGCACAAGAAGUUGGAGGCCUGCAUCAUGAAGGACAUCAACGAGCACUUCAACAAGGAGUACAUGUUCGAUUCCGACACCGAUUUUGCCCUCUCCAGAUCAGCUCGCUCCAUCCGUGACGUUCCACUCCGUGAUCCAAGCAUCGAAGCGUUGGAGGAAAUGGAGGUCUACCUGUACGAUUACCUCAGCGGAGGAGGAGGCUUUGAUUUCGACCUAUACAUUUAAACUGACAUCGUAGUACGUAAUUCUAGUUCAGUCAUUCCUUAGUUCUUAUUAAGCGUCAUAACUGUGUAAGUUUUUUUUAGUUUUCUUUGCUAACUUGAAGUGUUUUUGCUAGGUUCUGUAAUGUAUUUUAUGUGUGUUUUAGAUGUAAAAUGUGAGCAAAAUGCCAUUAGGCAGGUGCGUAGGC